AUCCUUGUUUCCUUUUAUCCUACCUAAAUUGUUUUUCCACGGUUGCUUCCGUCUCUAACCCAAAAACCUAUAUUUCCUCCUGAAUUCGGGAUUCUGGAAGCAUACUCAACCUGAAAAAUAAAGAAAGUCUUCCUUUCUCUUCAACCUUGAUCGAUCAUACAACAAUGGCGGUUUCUCUGGAAGAACUAGUCAAAGUCUUGGAGAUUUGGCUGAAGCUUAUCAAGAAGCCGCAAGAACAACAGUACGUAGACCCUAAUCUCGAUCCUGUUCUUUUGGUUCCUGGAAUUGCUGGCUCUAUUCUCGAAGCUGUUGAUCAGAAUGGCCACUCUGACCGCGUUUGGGUUCGAAUUUUUGCUGCUGAUUACAUGUUUCGCACCAAGUUAUGGUCUCGAUUUGACCCUUCUACUGGUAAAACACUGUCUUUGGAUCCUAAUACAACCAUUAGAGUCCCUGAAGAUCGAGAUGGACUGUAUGCAAUUGAUGUCCUUGACCCUGAUCUGAUUCUUGGAAGGGAAUGUGUUUACUAUUUUCAUGAGAUGAUAACACAAAUGAUCAAGUGGGGGUUUCAAGAAGGAAAAACGCUGUUUGGUUUUGGAUAUGAUUUUCGGCAAAGUAAUAGGUUACAAGAAGUAAUGGAGCGAUUUGCUGCAAAAUUGGAAUCAAUUUUCACUGCAUCAGGUGGGAAAAGGAUAAACAUAAUUAGUCAUUCCAUGGGUGGUAUCCUUGUUAAAUGUUUCAUGUCUCUUCAUAGCAAUGUGUUUGAGAAGUAUGUUAAGAACUGGAUUGCAAUUGCUGCUCCAUUUCAAGGUGCUCCUGGAUAUGUCACUUCCACGAUGUUAAAUGGCUGCUCGUUUGUUGAGGGAUGGGAACAAAACUUCUUUAUAUCAAAAUGGAGCAUGCACCAGCUGCUUAUUGAGUGUCCUUCUGUUUAUGAAUUGAUGGCUUGUCCUGAUUUCCAUUGGCGAAAUCCUCCAUACCUUGAGCUUUGGAGGGAAAAGCAUGAUGAUGAUGGGAACUCCCAUAUAAGGUUGGAGUCAUAUACUCUGGAGGAAAGUAUAACCAUCUUUGAGAAGUCCCUUUCAAGCAAUACGGUCGACUAUGUAGGUGGCAGUAUGCCUCUUCCUUUCAACUUGGAUAUACUAAACUGGGCUAAUGAAACUAGGGAGAUACUAUCUCGUGCAAGGGUUCCUCCUAAAGUUAAAUUUUAUAACAUCUAUGGAACCAGUCUUCAGACUCCUCACAGUGUUUGUUAUGGCAGUGAAGAUUCACCAGUUACGGAUUUAGAAGAGCUGAGAUAUUAUCAGGCCAAAUUCACAAGUGUUGAAGGCGAUGGGACUGUUCCAACAGAAUCUGCAAAGGCUGAUGGGCUCAAUGCUGAAGCUAGGGUUGGAGUACCUGGUGAACACCGUGGCAUCCUUUCGGAUCAUCAUGUGUUUAGAAUUUUGAAGCAUUGGCUGAAUGCUGGUGAACCUGAUCCCUUCUAUGAUCCUCUGAAUGAUUAUGUGAUUCUGCCUACUGAAUUUGAAAUCGAAAGGGUUAUGGAGAAAUGCCUCCAUGUCACUACAUUACAAGAAGAAUGGGAAAUUAUACCAAAAGACGCAGAUGUGAUUGAUGAUAGUGUGGAUGCUAAGGAGCAUCCUAUAAGUUUUAUAUCGGUUUCUGAGGUAGCAAGUCUCUCUGUGCAAUGAUAAGGCUCAUGUUGCUGAUCACCCUUACAAUUGAAGCCAAUUAAGGUGAUUGCAGUCAGCAUGUUGCCGAUCUUAUGUGAAAUGCCUUGUGCUGGCUUGCCUGUUCAAAAUUGUGAAGAUAAUGUAGCAAUGUGUACAUAUGUAAAUAUGAUUGGACUUCAGUAGCUAGCUAAAUGCUAUGCUGAAAAGUUAUAAGUGUACUUAUGUGUGUAAUGUAAUUACGUAAUAAUGGAUCGUCUUAAGUGUGAGAGAACAGACAAGCACUGAUAUGUUCCUGUAACGAUAAAUUACUCCUUAUUUAUACAAGUAUUUUUUUUUUUUUUUU